AUGAGCCAGGACGCCGGCUUCAUACGCCGAGCUAGAAUCGCCAUUAUCACGCCCAACUCCAAGUUGGAGGCCUGUGGAAAAGUGGCCCUCCACGUUUUCAUCAGCCAUCGCUUGGCCCAUACGAGUGGUUACGGCGGAGAGCGCAACCAGCUUGUCCUUCUCAGGGUCGUCAUUGGCCAAGAUGUAUUUGAACAUCUCCGCGACGCCAAAUCCAACAACGCGUGCAGGAAGAACUCUCUCUUGAAAAGCCCACGCACGGGAUGCAAGAGGUUGCAAGCGAUAUGCGUUGCGAUAGUACGACGCGGACACAACGAUAUGACUAGCGGCGUCUUUGCCAUGUUCAGGACCAAUUGCUGUGACAUUAACCUCGAAUGGGGCCGCGAACUCCGGAAUUGGUCCACUAAGAACACUUUCGUGCGGAUUUGCAGCUCGAUCUAG